AUGUUUCUUGAUCAUAAAACACUUUAUUACGAUGUGGAACCAUUUCUUUUCUAUGUGAUGACAGAAAUAAAUGAUUCUGGGUGUCAUUUCGUAGGAUAUUUUUCCAAGGAAAAACGUUCCCCAUUGAAUUAUAAUGUAUCAUGUAUCCUCACACUUCCUAUUCAUCAAAGGAAAGGAUAUGGGAAUUUGUUAAUUGAAUUUAGUUAUCUACUUUCUAAAAGAGAGAACAAAACGGGUUCCCCUGAGAAACCCUUAUCAGACCUUGGAUUACUUAGUUAUCGUUACUAUUGGCGAAUUGUAUUGUUUAGAGAACUGAUAAAGAAAAGGUCAACCUUGAGUAUUGAAGUUAAUGAUAUCGUUGCUACACUUCAAAUCAAUGGUAUGAUUGAAAAAGAUGAAUCAAGCGGAACAUACCGCAUAAUUGUGAAAAAACGUCUUAUCGAGAGUUUUUUAGAAAAGGUUAAAUCGAAGAAUUAUCCCGGAAUAAAAUCCGAAAAUCUUCGAUGGACACCUUUUAUUUUGACUC